CCAUGAAUAAUGCUACGUGGUGUAUAACACGCAUAACACGCUGCCACACACUAUCACAUCAUCAAGUGCUCAAAAACAUUUUGUACAAAUCUGAAAAGUGACGUGAUCAAGGUGUUAUGAGCAAAACAUAUCACUGACAUAAGAAAAGCGGGUCCGUAGGUCGUAACAACCCUCAUGUAUCACGGUCGGUCCCAAUUCACUGGUACAGGGGUUUGUUGUGAGCAAAGUGUGCUAUGUCUUUGGUCUGGUGAUACAUGAAGUCGGGUCUCGACUUGAGCAGAGGAGGAACAAAUUCACUGUCGGUUGGCUUCAUCUUUAUCACUCCAUAUGGCAGAACCCCAGACGACCCCUCUUGUAAGUCCCCUUCAAACAGCUGCUUGAGUGUACGGACCACUUUCGGGGUGUGGUCAAAGUAAGACGUGGUGGUUUCGUGAUUCCAGUCCUCCCAGAACUCGCGGUUACACACGCAGAGAACUGCGUCUGCUCUCCUUCGCUGCUCCACAACCCACUCGGUCGGUGGCUGCCUCAGCUGGCACAUCUCGUAUGCAAAGGCCUCCACGUUGAAAUCGGCCAGCUUAUUAACCAGGAAAUGGAGAAUUACGUGUGUCUCAUCGUGAUUUGUUCUUGGGGAGAAGACCACCAGGACAGAAGGCACGAGUGUGGACGGAGAGGGCCAUGGAGAGGGAUGAAUCACCUCGUGCUGGGGUGUCACUCUGCGAUAGUGACAGUAACCAAAGACUACCACCAGAGUGAUCAGUCCUCCUGCUACAAGCAGCACAAGCACCAACCACCACCAUUGCCGCAAUGAUGUGCCCUGGUCCAGUGACAGGCUCAGUGGUGGUGGACUCUGGUUUGGUUGAAGUCCCUGGGCUGCUGGGGGUAUUGGUUACUGAUGGGACCGUAGUCAGCUCAGGCUCACAGCAAGUGUCGCUAUCGCUAUCACUUAGGGUCACGGGUUCGGAGCAGCCGUUGGCAAAGUGGUUGUCUUGGCAAGCGCCGGAACAUGGCGUUUGUGUGUAGAGCUUGACGCCUUCGCGAUUAGUGGUAUGCAGAACCACUGUUGUAGUGUUAUGGAUUAUGAAGUAAUGUGUGAUAUUGUCCACUGUAGAAGCCAGGUAGUAAGUGUCUGGGUCGGAUUGAGAGGCAGCAGAAGGAUCCAUCUCUAGAAGAUGGCAGGCAUUUGGGUCUCGGUAGCACGGCCUGUCCCAGGAGAGUCUUGUAACUGUGCCAACCACAUUCACUUUCAAAUUCCUCGGCCUCCCAUAGUAAGGUAUGGCACAUCUUGAGCGACUGUAGGGAAGGCCAUUUUUAUAGUCUGAACAGUUUACAGGAAAGUUUGAUAAUGAUGUUCCAGCAGAUGAACCACCAGUUACUGGCGGACUCUCACGCUCCCUAUGUGGAAAAGUGACAAUAGAUGCCUGUAUGGAGUUCAACCUGUUGUUACCAGGGUGAUACUCCACCGUUAGAGAGUGUUCUGUCAGUCUCAGUGUACCAUUGAUGCAUACGCAGUAGUAGUGGCCGGCUGAACUGGCCCCGGGAGUCUUUACCAAAAGUCUAAACACUGCCCCGUCAGGUAUCGAGUAUAGACUUGGGUACGUCCAACCGACGGUAAUAUUGUAGUGCAGAGUGUCUACCGGAGUGUAGCUCAUCCUGACCUCGUCGUCCACAUGGUACUCCACCACAGCACUGUCACUCACUGGUCGCGGCAAACAACCGCCAGCGUCCCAGUUGUCGUUCGGUUUAUCCGGGCAGUAGCCAAUGUACGAACUGUCCUCCGCGAAAUUAGGAAGCCCGGUAAUGCUGUAACUUCCAUUGUCGUCUACCACCACCUUACUGUAGUUCAGUUUACUGGCAGGGCAGGCAUCGGUCUCAGUGUGGCAGUCAGCUUCAGAGUUACCCCACUGGUCCACACCUACGCACUCGGGCGACGGGACGGACCAACAACGCGGCUCUGUGGUGAUUCAAGUUCAACAGCAUCGCAAGUGAGGGUCGCUGUGGAUCGCUGGACAAGCGUCACUACCAACAACAGAAGCACACCCAACUUCAUGCUUCUUGGCUAAACUUCUCACUUCCGCUACACACCCCCAUCCGUCGCGAAAGAUUAUUUUUAGUGGCCAGUGCUGCCCGACGGAACCGGAGUGACAGACGGAGGGGACUAUGACUACGUUGGCCGCCGUGAUUGCGAUCGUCUCGACCUGCAGCUGCGUCGUAUUAGGGCAACGGGUCUCCUGCGAACCUGGUGCCUCUCCUCACCCAGGACCGACAUGUCGCCCUAUGGAACAAAUGGAUGUGCAUUGCAGCAGCAACUUCAAUAAGUGCUUAGACCGGUGUUUUGGGCCAAAUGCCCGUGUGGUCGACAAUACCGUAAGGGGUUGCACUCGUUGUAGGCCUAACGACUGCAGUGGUUGUCCUGAGGACUCAUGUACUGGAGGUCGUUGUAACGGCUCCACCACCAACACGAAUGUCAACGUCACUUACAAAUUGGUGCCAUACAAAUUUAAAUACUUCAAGCUGUCUGUUCAACUUCCUGCAGUGCCUAGAUGUGUCUGCACCAAUGAAACAUCUUUUGACUUUACAAUUAAAUACCAGCUGCGUGCAGAUGAACUGUCACUAAAUGUAAAAUCGCUCUCUGAUGAACUAGUUUUUAGUCGGAAAAUCCCAUUUCCUCGACAUUGCAGUGAUAUAGAACGUGGAGUGCCCUAUGAUUCAAACACCUGUGGCUUGCCAAGGCUGCAAAAACCUUACAAUACUCUCUUGCUGUGCAACGAAACCCACACAACGAUAUCUUGGAAUAAAACCAUGAGCUAUAUCAGACCCGACAAUAAUCAGAGUUUGUAUAUUGAAUCUAAAAAGUUCUAUCUUACUGUACAACUAGGUGACGACUCCAAAAUUGAUUUUGUUGUUUUAAACGCAUCGUCGGUGACUCUGAACACUACAGCAGCGAUGAACAUUAGUUUGUAUGGCUACACUCACUGCUCAGGAUUACAGGAUAGGACACUUUCUUUACCUGAAGUUGGUUGUUCACUGCCUCUCCGUAUCAGCAACAGAGGUCCUGGUAUUUGUCAAGACUCUACUUUUACGUCUUCUGUAACUCUCACACCUCCACUUUACACCCACACCCCCCUACCCACCUCUCUCCCUUUGAAAUCAAAGCCAACCGAUACUGACAGUCUCAUUGCUGCAGCAUUGACAGCAGGGGUGGGUGUACCUGUCCUAAUUGUAAUGGUGACCCUAUUUACAGUGGCAAUAAUCAAGCUACUAAGGGUCCCAAAAAAGGUUUCACCUUUCUCAUCUCAGAACUGUGCCCUUGCUGUGUACUCACCUAGUACCUCUGAACAAGAAAAACUUGUCACCAUGAAAAGCUUGGCUAGUGUACGAAAUCUAAAUCCGGGACUAAAGUUAUUUCUCCAAGACGAGCGCAGUCCACAGCAGUCCCUUUCUGAUUGGAUCUCGGAGCAUCACAAGAAUGCCAGCACUGUGUUUUGUGUGUGCAACAAGGAGUUUGGGCAUGACUGGGACAGCAAGUCUGAGAAGGGCGUUGCAGCUGUGCACAUUCUGAAGAUGCUGUUUCAAGGAGAUUGCAGUCCAGAAAAGUAUGCAGUGGUACUGAGCAAGCCAGCUGACAAAGUUUUCGUUCCUGCAUUGCUGAAGGCUCUGCCUCACAUCAACUUAGUGGAUGCUACUUCUUUGAUGAAAUUUACUGUCAAAUAA